CCCACCACACCAUAAGCUACGUUACAAAUUAUGUUAGUAAGUCGCCAGAACUGCGGGCAAACCAGCAUGUGAAGUGAAACGAUCAGGUUCUAGUUAGUGGAAGACAUACAGGCAAUUAUAAGUUUUACCUUUAUUUCAAGAAAGAAGAACAUGCUUGUGGGUUUACUGCUAUUCGCCAGCUGUGCCAAGAUGAUGUACAAGUAGCUAGCUGGCUAACUCAGAGAUCGGGAACAAGUGGAUAAAAUACACUUGAUGAAGCAAUCUUGAGCGUUGUGACUGUUGGACACAAAACUCCAGUGGAUUAUUCACGACUCUUACUGAACCUGGAUCAGCCCCCCGCCCACCCCCCUCUGAGAGGGGUGUGAUUUGACUGGCUUCCCCAGGCGUCCGUGUCCAAUGUCCUUGAAAGACGAUGUGCAGGACCCGGACAGGACUCUGUGUUCAGUAGACCAAGUGAGUGGCACCGGCGGCCCCCACAGCCCCCCGACCCCCGUCCUGAGCCGCGCCCCCAGGCCGAGAUGAAGAGCGUGGCGUCGUGGUCGGCGGAGGAGGUGUCCCGCUGGCUGGCGGAGGAGGGCAUGCCGGAGUACUCGGAGUCCGGCGUGCGUCUGAGCGGCCGCGAGCUGCUGCAGCUGACGGAGGCCGACUUCCAGGGGCCCCCGCUGAUGCUGGUCUCCUCGGACAGCGGCCGGCGGCUGCUGGAGAAGGUGGAGACCCUGAAAAUCGAGCACCACAUCGAGGCGCACAAAAACGGCCACGCCAACGGCCACGCGGUUGCCAUGGGCGAUGGGCACGAUCGCGGCGCCGGCGGUGAGGCCAAGCGGAACGGGGCCAUCAACGGGUUCCACAAGGAGAGGGAGAUGGUCCGGAUCUCCAUCCCGGAGCCCAAGCGGUCGUCCUUUCCCAUGGAGUGGGGCAAGACGGGGCUUUCCUUCCUCUACGCAGUGUGCUGCUUCGUGUCCACCACUGUCAUCAUCUCCAUCGUCCACGAGCGCGUGCCCCCCAAGGAGGAGAGCCCGCCACUGCCGGACAAGUUCUUCGACAUUUUCAACAGGGUGGAGUGGGCUUUCUCCAUAUGCGAGAUCAAUGGCAUGCUGUUGGUAGGCCUGUGGCUGCUACAGUGGACAUUACUAAAAUACAGAUCCAUCGUCGGGCGGCGGUUCUUCUUCAUCGUUGGCACGCUGUACCUGUACAGAUGUGUCACUAUGUAUGUCACCACUCUCCCUGUGCCUGGAAUGCACUUCAAGUGCUCUCCCAAGCUUUUUGGAGACUGGGAGGCCCAGAUGCGCAGGGUGAUGAAGAUGAUCGCUGGGGGAGGCCUGUCCAUCACCGGUUCUCACACCAUGUGUGGGGACUACCUGUACAGCGGCCACACCGUCAUGCUGACGCUAACCUAUCUCUUUAUCAAAGAGUAUUCCCCGAAAAGAUUCUGGUGGUACCACUGCAUCUGCUGGACUCUGAGCGCUGUGGGGAUCUUCUGCAUUCUGCUCGCACACGACCACUACACUGUGGAUGUAGUGGUAGCUUACUACAUCACUACACGGCUCUUCUGGUGGUACCACACCCUGGCUAAUCAGCAAGUGCUAAAAGAGACCUCACAGAACAACCCCUUCUCAAGGGUCUGGUGGUAUAGACUAUUCCAGUACUUUGAAGAGAAUGUCCAAGGCGUCGUCCCUAGGAACUACCAGCUGCCCUUCUCAUUGCAAGCGGUGGCGUGGAGCCGUGUGAGAUACAGCAGGAUUGACUCGGAGUGACUGGGAGAACCGCCUCGAGUGCUGUCUCCCCUCGAAGAAGACGCCAUAGCCGGCUCUUCGUAGCUCCUUUUACCUGGAGCGGUUCCCUUUUUUCGACAUAUCCCAGUCAAGCUGGUCAGCACUGUGACUUGUGUUUUCUAAAGCAUUUCAUGAUGGAAUGGAUCAGUGAAAGCACUGUAAGCGCUACUUCCCUCAAUGGAUUUUGUGUUGUGAGCAUUAGCAAGUGCUCCAUGGUAGGGCUUACAAGCUUUGCAAAUUUUUCAUGAAAUUAUGAUUGAGUUGCUCAAGAAUUGUCUGGA